CCCCUUAUCCCCCCCUCCUUUCCCCUUCACGAAGCCGGCUCCGGGGCACGCUCACCCCUGUGAGGAGGCCGGAGGCCGGACUCGGGAGGCGUUUUCUCCACUCCCGGAAGAUCAUGUACCAGCCCAGCCGGGGGGCGGCCCGGCGUCUCGGCCCCUGCCUCCGGGCCUACCAGGCUCGACCCCAGGACCAGCUUUCUCCACGGACUCUACCAUUCCUGCCCCUUUGGCCUCACUCCACGACAACCACUUCCCCGUCUUCUCCUCUUCUCUGGUCUCUCCCACCCCUGUGCCCUCCCAGCCUGCGACUUCCCCCGGUUCCCCCACUACCUCUCCCUCAGGUCCAGGCCCUCAGCUCACCAUGGGUGGUUCUUCCUCCAGGAAAGGGGGAGGAUGGACCAGGACCUGAGUUGCACAGUGGCUGCCUGGAUGGGCUUAGGAGCCUUUUUGAGGGACCUCCCUGCCCCUAUCCUGGGGCUUUGAUACCUUUCCAAGCCCCUGGAACUGCCCACCCUUCCCCUGCCACCCCAACAGGAGAUCCUAGUAUGGAGGAACACCUGGCUGUCAUGUAUGAGAGACUGAGACAAGAACUUCCCAACCUCUUCCUUCACUCCCACGACUACACUCUCUACUCCUUGGAUGUGGAAUUCAUCAAUGAGAUCUUGAACAUGCGUACCAAGGGCCGGACAUGGUACAUUCUGUCGCUGACCCUCUGCCGUUUCCUGGCCUGGAACUAUUUUGCACAACUUCGUUUGGAGGUUCUACAGCUGACCCGCCACCCCGAGAACUGGACCCUGCAAGCCCGCUGGCGGCUCGUAGGGCUGCCAAUCCACAUGCUCUUUCUGCGUUUCUACAGGCGUGACAAGGAUGAGUUUUACCGGACCUAUGAUGCCUAUUCUACCUUCUACCUGAAUUCCAGUGGCCUCAUUUGUCGCCAUCGCCUAGACAAACUGAUGCCUUCACACUCACCUCCAACGCCUGUGAAGAAGCUGCUAGUGGGAGCCCUGGUGGCCUUGGGGCUGUCAGAGCCAGAACCCAACUUAGACCUGUGUUCUAAGGCCUAAUCUUUGGCCUUGGAGUGGAGGCAGCACUGAAGACUUUGCUACGCACAAGAGAAGGAGGUGGAGGCGGCCAAGAAUCUCAGGAGCCAGCUUCUUCCCCUCUUCUCUCUCCUACCUUCCUUUCCAUCUCAUGCUGUGUAAUUUAACUUGUAAAUAAUAAAGUUUAAGUGACUAUAUGAGACAGAAUUUCAUAUGUCACUUUCUCUGGAUCCCAUAAGUUCCCGCAAGCUUUAUUCCAAAAAUAAUUUUAUUUAAUAGAUAUUAAAUAAUGUAUAGA